CUAUGGAGGGGGAGUCGCAAGUCUGAGAUAAAGGAGUGAACGGGUUGGAAAUCAUAUGAUUUUGGAUUUCGCGUCGUGUUCCGAGUGGUCUCCGGUUCUCGCUUCGUUCAAAAGUUCUUCGUGGCAAAACUAAUGGGACGGCAUUCAGCCAGGUAGUCACGCCGUGUUUUAUUAACUGUUCUAUAGCUCCGAAAGCCGAGUUAAAUAGUCUGGAGGAUGGCCGAAACGGACACUUCAGUCGACACCACGGCCGGGAACACCGCCCAAGAAUCUCAAAAUGAAAACGGUCAAGUCGCACAGGAAAACAGAGAGGGUGUGGCGCCAGCCCCGAAUCAAGAACAAGAGGCUCCUCGGAGAUCUUUUUUUGAUAUAACAAAGGGUUUUAUUAUGAGAGCUAUGUUUAUGUAUUUCAUAGCCUCAUUUUUUAGACGGCCCGCAGCCCCAGAGACAAAUUCAGUUAAUGCACCCCCUAGGUUACCAGCUUUCAAUUAUUUUGAAAAUUCAUCAAUUAUGGAUAUGUAUGUAUUUCUUUCCGAAAAAGAAACUUUCGAUGACAAUAACAACUCUAAGUACCUGUUAUGGGAGAAACGAGGCUUAGUGUAUGGUGACUGGGUCAGCGGAGAAUACGGAGACGGUUCAUAUACAUUCGAAGCGACUUUUCCCACAUCAAAAGCAUUAAGAAAUAAUGGGUCGAUAUAUUUGCAUACAUAUUUUGUAAAGAGAGACCCAAAUGUUAAAAAUAAAAGCAAGUUUUCUGGGAUACACGUAGCAUAUUCGAGUAAGCAGUUAAACAAGUUUAAGAAGUUGAGGUUCACGAGAACUCAAAAUCUGCUGACCGGUGAAACUGCUUUGAGUGCAACGGAAAUAGAGCAAGCUGAAAAGACCAACCAAGCUAUAAUGUCACAUUGGCAUCCAAAUAUAACUAUAAAUUUAGUUACUGAUCAGACCAACUGGAUUCAAGGCACUGUACCAUCACCACUCAAUGAAUUUAUUGAAUUUUCUCCAACUGGCGAUUACUACAAACCUGUAGUUUUUUAUAAUGAAUUCUGGAAUUUGUUACGAGACUAUCAGCCCAUCAAUGAAACUGUAGAGUCAUUAGAGCUUAGAAUUACUUACCAACCGCUAUCACUCUUCAAAUGGCAGAUGUACUGUGCGCAUUCAAUGAAAAGCAAGCUCACCGCCAACAUUUUCCAAGACGAAGUUGAAGACGAUGACCAAGACAGCCUGAAAGAGGCACUUUUGGAAACUUCACCAUACUUGCUUGCUGCUACAAUCCUAGUCUCAAUUUUACAUAGUGUUUUUGAACUCCUUGCCUUCAAAAAUGAUAUUCAGUUCUGGAACAACCGAAAAUCAUUUGAAGGUUUGUCUGUGCGGUCAGUUUUCUACAAUGUCUUCCAAUCACUAGUUGUGCUGCUCUACGUUUUAGACAACGACACAAACACGCUUAUCAAGGUCUCGUGUUUUGUAGGGUUGUGCAUUGAUGUUUGGAAGAUAAAUAAGGUUGUUGACAUAAAACUGGACUGGGAGCAGAGGAUUUUAAAUUUUUUUCCAAAACCAGUAUUCACUGACAAGGGUUCCUAUGUUGAGUCAAGUACCAAGCAGUAUGAUCAGCUUGCUUUCAAGUACCUCUCCUGGGUUCUGUUCCCUCUCCUCGCGCUUUAUGCAAUUUACUCCCUUAUUUACCAGCACCACAAAGGGUGGUACUCAUGGAUGCUAAACAUGAUUUAUGGCUUUCUUUUGACAUUUGGUUUCAUCAUGAUGACCCCACAGUUGUUUAUUAACUAUAAAUUAAAAUCAGUUGCCCACCUCCCCUGGCGUAUGAUGUCUUACAAGUGCCUGAACACAUUUAUAGACGAUAUAUUUGCUUUUGUUAUCAAAAUGCCAACAAUGUAUAGGCUAGGAUGCUUUAGAGAUGAUAUAGUGUUUUUUAUCUUUCUUUAUCAACGUUGGAUUUACAAGACAGACUUAACAAGAAUUAAUGAGUUUGGGUUUUCUGGUGAAAUGGAAAAUCAGAAAGACAGUGAGAACAAAGAUUCACAACAAAAGAGUAUAGAGGCUAAAAAGGAAGAUUAGUUACGUUCCAUUCCCCCCUGGAUCAGCAGAAACAAAAACAACACAAAAAUUAUGAAUUAUGUGGAUAACUUAUUACAAUCGUAUUGGUUAAAUUUUUUGCCCUUUGUGUUUAACCGUCCUUAAGAUAAUUUAUAUCAAAAUUUAAGGCCUCGACAGGAGAGUGUUGUAUUUAUUUUUUAUUUAUUUUUUUUUUCAUUCUGUUAAUUCAUGUUCCUCCAAAGAAAUGCAAUAUACUACUGACAUGGGUAUAACAAAUAUCUUUUUGUUUAAGGACUUGUGAUAAUUAUGAUUGUUAAUUAUAGAUUAUUUUUUAAAUUAUUGUAAAUGUCUCGCUAAAGUGAGAACUAUUAAGCACCAAAGAUUCACAUUUUUACCCAAUUCCGUCUCUUGCUGAAAACUUAAAACUCUAUUUGAAAAGUUGACAUUUGACCAGGUCAAUGGGGAAUC